GUACUUGUAAGUUACACUGACUUUUGGGUUAUGUUUAUAUAUACUACACUAACAAGCAUAUGUGAGAUACAACAUCUGGAAGCAGGAUUCCACACGGCGGCAUAGUCAGUAGCCCUUAAAACACCCAACAAGACCUAGUAAUGAGUUGUGCAGGCAGCCACUGGGGAGAGGAACAUGAGUCUCAGCGUAGUGGAAGUGAUGAAUGGGGUCUCAGUAACUCUGACAUGGAAGAUUUACUCACCCCUCAGCCACCGGCACCAACAUCACCAGUUCUUCAUCAGCCCUCACAGGAAGAAACGCCUUCUUUUCAGAUACUUCCUGCAGAGUUUUGCCGAACAGACCCAAUGGUUUUGCAGACAAUUCGCCUCUUGCAGUACCAAAGACAAGUUGCUCAGCUAUUAAAUAGAGCACAGAGCAUUGGUAUGGAUGGAGGUGGUCUUCCUUCCUGCCCUCCACCUCCUGAAGACCCACCCCUAGAACGUAAAACCACCAAGCCACAUUUCUUAAAUUUUAUACCACCUGAGCAUACACCCUUUACAAGUGGCAAAAAUCAGCCACAGCUACUUGAAGUUGAGGGGACAACUGCUAGACUCAUAUUACGCAAGGCAGUGGCAACAAUCUGUGCUCACACUGGUUACACAGACACUGCAGAAAGUGUGCUUCGGUUACUGACUGAUGUUACACACGAGUUUCUCACCAAGCUGACAAACGUUCUUAGAGCCAAUGCUGAUAACCUCCUCCUCACUGACAGGUGCCCCUUCCAUGAUGUUGUGGAGCAGACACUGCAUGAUAUUGGGAUGGGCAGCAUGAAUGAGCUUCAUCAGAUGUAUCGUGAUCGGGUGGUACUGUAUCAUGCACGUGUUCGUCAGGAGAGUCUGCAGCUCUACCACCAGUAUAUGACUGUCUUGCACAAUAGAGAAGCCAGUAUUGCCACUCCUGGGUCAAGACGAGAGAGCACCGGUGAGUGGUGGGUUGAUGAGUGUGGGAGUCAGCACGGUGGACCUGGAGGUUCUUCAGCUCCAGGCAUGGAUGAAGCAUCUGUCCCCUCCAUUAAAAGCACAUCAAGUCUUGAUCCAGAGUUGUCUCUCCAUCCUUUCUCUGUACUUAGUCAGGUCGGUGGUGAUGGUGAAGAUGUUGUGCAGAACUCCCCAGCUACUACUGUGCAGCAGUAUCAGCUCUACCCUCUCACACCAAGAUAAAUUUUCUUUUUUAUAUUAUUUAUUGAAUGCUUCCUGAUUUUAUGUGAUAAGCAGUACAUUAUAAUUAUUCUGACUAGGGAUGUGCCAAAGUAUCAGUAUUGAUGAGUAUUGGUAUUGAUAUCAACCUAAAAUUGAAUAUCAACAAAAAUUUUGGUAUCAUCCCAUCCCUAGUCCUGAUGUUAGUUCAAGAACUGAAAUUAUUUUUAAGUCACAUUAAGGAAGGCUUGGACACAAUAUGAGGUUUGUUGUUUUUCAGACAGAAUUUUUUUAUGUACUGUUCUUAAUCCAUUUUCUAAUCAUUUAACAAUGAAUAACUGCUUGUUUUGUGUACGUAAUAAAUUCUUGUUUCU